AUGACCUCCCAUCUACACAGUGUGCAUGUUGUACGAUUGUUUACAUAUUGUGUCCCACCUCAGAAUACCAUCCUGGUGGAGCUGAGAAGACUCCUCCUCCCCCAACUUGCUUUGGCCUACAAGAAACCUAAGGAAGGAGUCAAGACUGAAAACAACAGCCACAUUAAUUUGAAGGUGGCAAGGCAGGGAGUUUUGGUGGUUCAAUUUAAGAUUAAGAUUGCGCCACUUAGUAAACUAAUGAAAAUCUAUUGUGAACAACAAUGUUUCCAAUCAAAGUUGGAACUGGAGGCUGAAGAUACAAUUGAUGUAUUCCAGCAGCAGACAGGAGGCACUUACUAA